CUUGCCCAGCGCAUGUAUUUCUCUCGAUUCCCGGGCCAAUAAAUUUUGAAUUCAAACCCGAAGUCGAACAUAAACCCUAAAAACACAAUCCUCUCAUAUACCUUCUUAUCCUCCUCCACCACAAAAAUUCUAAACUUCGAUAAAUUCUAAACCCUUCAUCUUCAAUCUCAAAUCCUAAUCUCAAUACCACACAAAGCACUAAACCCUAACCAAUGGCUAAAAAGAAAACAGACCCCCAAGCUGAAAGCAACUCCAGCAAAUCCCAAGACACAGCCCAUGAUAACGAAAUGGAUGAACCUGCUCCAGUGAAGAUUAAGAAACUGAAAUCUCUCAAUGCAUUGUUACUUAAAGAGACCGUUGAGCGGCGUCAACAGGUCGAUUCAUUAACCAAGUCGAACGCUCAUCUGAAAUCCGAGUUGAGUCGGUCUGAAAUGGAUAAAAGCUUGCUGCAGUCGGAGAUUAAUGGGAUGACUGAACAAGCGGUGAAGUUGGAGAUUGAGAAGGGAUUAGUUUCCGUUUUUGUGACUCAGCAGGUGAAUCAGCUGGCGGAGGAAAAAAUCGAGAGUUUGAUGGAGAAAGUCGGGAGCUUGGAGGGUGAGAUGAAAAGGGCUUUGGAGGAAAAGAGUGAAAUGGAGAAAUCGAAGAGUGAGAAAGAAUCCGAAAUUAUGGAUUUGAACAGAAGAGUCGAUGAACUUAUGGCUAAGGUUGAUGAAGAGAGACGUGUUUCAUCUCGUGCUUGUGGUGAGAGUGAUGAAGUUAGGGCCAUGUUAGGUGCUAAAAUUCAAGAGGUGGAUGAGUUGCAGAUGAAGGUAAGGGAAGCAGAAAAAACCGAAGCCCAUAAUUCGGAAGAAAUUUUGGAAUUACAGGCUAAUUUUGACAGAUUAGUCCACGAAAAUAAAGUCAAUAUGCAACGAAUUGAGUCAAUAACGAAGGAAAAGAACAUGAUUCAGGAGAGUUUUGUUGAAGCGAAUGAACAGAUUGAUGUUUUGAAGAAAACUGUUGACACCCUACUGCAACAGAUAAAGGCGAUUGAAGAUGAUAAGGACGCCCAGGAGAGAAAGAAUGAAGAGCUGCAAAAUUUAUUGGCUGAACUCAAGGAUUACAUAGAGGACAUGAAAUUUGAAGAGCAAGAAUUGCAAGAGAAAAUCACCGAUCUGGAGAACAAGUAUGCUGUAAGUUCAGAAAACGAGGUAGCACUGAAAAACGAAAUCGAUGGGUUUGUCGAAGAAAAGAAACAAACAGAUGAAAAAAUCAAAAGUUUGGAGAUUGAAAAAAGUUCGGUUCUGAAAGAUUUGCAGGAUGCCAUGGAAGAGUUAGAGCACCAGAAGCUCAUGCUUGCGCAGAUACUUAAAGAAAAAACCGAAUUAGAAGAUGCCAAGAUUCAAGGAGAGAAUGAAAUCGUCAAGAUGAACGAACAAUUGACAACAUUUAAUGACACGAUUUCAUCACUUGAAAGCUCUGCAAUCAAUCAAAAUGAGAAACUCAAGCAAUUAGAGGAAGAAGUUGGCCACUACAAAGCUUCAUUGGAUCAAACCACAAUCCAAAGAGACGAAGCCCUCAAGACUCUUCAAGAACUAGAAGCCAUUAAAACCGAUUUCCAACACAAGAUUACAGAAAUGGAAAAAGAAAUCGAAGAUUUACAUGAUCUGGAGAACAAAUAUGCCACAAGUUCAGGAAACGAGGUGAUAUUACAAAAGCAAAUCAAUGAUUUGGAUGAAGAAAAGAAAGAAAAAGAUGAUAGAAUCAAUAGUUUGGAGAACGAGAAAAGUUCGGUUCUGAAAGAGUUGCAAGAUGCCAUGAAAGAGUUGGAGCACAAGAAGCAUACAAUCGAGCAGAUACUUCAAGAAAAAACAGAAUUAGAAGAUGCCAAGAUUCAAGGAGAGAGUGAAAUCGUCAAGAUGAAAGAACAAUUGACAGCAUUUCAAGACACGAUUUCAUCACUUGAAACCUCUGCAAUCAAUCAAAAUGAGAAACUCGAGCAAUUAGAGGAAGAAGUUGGCCACUACAAAGCUUCAUUGGAGCAAGCCACAAUCGAAAGAGAUGAAGCCCUCAAGACUCUUGAAGAACAAGAAGCCCUGAAAACCGAUUUGCAACACAAGAUUACAGAAAUGGAAAAAGAUAUCGAAGAUUUACAUGAACUGGAGAACAAAUAUGCCACAAGUUCAGGAAACGAGGUGAUAUUGCAAAAGCAAAUCAAUGAUUUGGAUGAAGAAAAGAAAGAAAAAGAUGAACAAAUCAAAAGCUUGGAGAACGAGAAAAGUUCGGUUCUGAAAGAGUUGCAGGAUGCCACGAAAGAGUUGGAGCACAAGAAGCAUACAAUCGAGCUGAUAGUUCAAGAAAAAGCCGAAUUAGAAGAUGCCAAGAUUCAAGGGGAAACUGAAAUUGUCAAGAUGAAAGAACAAUUGAUCCUACUUCAAGACACAAUUUCAUCACUUGAAAGUUCUACAAUCAAUCAAACCGAGAAACUUAGGCAAUUAGAGGAAGAAGUUAGCCACUUCAAAGCUUCAUUGGAUCAAGCCACAAUUCAAAGAGAUGAAGCCCUCAAGACUCUUGAAGAACAAGAAGCCAUGAAAACCGAUUUGCAACACAAGAUUACAGAAAUGGAAAAAGAAAUCGAAGAUUUACAUGAUGUGGAGAGCAAAUACGCCACAAGUUCAGGAAAUGAGGUAAUAAUGCAAAAGCAGAUUGAUGGGUUGUUUGAAGAGAAGAAAGAAACAUCUGAACGUAUUGAAAGUUUGGAAAAUGAGAAGAGUUCAGUUCAGAAAGAGUUGCAGGAUGCCAUGAAAGAGAUAGAGCACCAGAAGCAUACAAUCGAGCUGAUAGUUCAAGAAAAAACCGAAUUAGAAGGUGCCAAAAUUCAAGGAGAAACUGAAAUUGUCAAGAUGAAAGAACUAUUGAGCGCAUUUCAAGACACGAUUUCAUCACAUGAAACUUCCAAAAUCAAUCAAAACCAGAAACUUGAACAAUUAGAGGAGGAAAUUACCCACUACAAAGCUUCAUUGGAUCAAGCUAUAAUCGAAAAAGAUGAACUUAUCAAAAGUUUGGAGAACGAGAAAAGUUUGGUUCUAAAGGAUUUACAGGAUGCCAUGAAAGAAAUAGAGGAGCAGAAGCAUACAAUUGAGAUGACAGUUCAAGAGAAAACAGAAUUAGAAGAUGCCAAGAUUCAAGGGGAGAGUGAAAUCGCUAAAAUGAAAGAACAAUUGAUCGCAUUUCAAGACACAAUUUCAUCACUCGAAAGCUCUACAAUCAAUCAAAACCAGAAACUUCAACAAUUAGAGGAAGAAGUUAGCCACUACAAAGCCUCAUUGGAUCAAGCUACAAUCGAAAGAGAUGAAGUCAUCAAAAGUUUGGAUAACGAUAAAAGUUCCGUUCUAAAGGAUUUGCAGGAUGCCAUGAAAGAAGUAGAGCUCCAGAAGCUUACAAUCGAGCAGAUAGUUCAAGAGAAAUCUGAAUUACAAGAUGCCAAGUUUCAAGCGGAAAAUGAAAUCGUCGACAUGAAAGAACAAUUGAUCGCAUUUCAAGAGACAAUUUCAUCACUCGAAAGCUCUACAUUCAAUCAAAACAAGAAACUUCAACAAUUAGAGGAAGAAGUUAGCAAGUACAAAGCUUCAUUCGAUCAAGCCACAAUCGAAAGAAACAAAGCCCUCAAGACCCUUCAUGAACAAGAAGCCACUGAAACCGAUUUGCAACGCACGAUUACAAAACUGGAAAAGAGAAUCAAAGAUUUACAUGAAGAUUUAUCAAGAACGACAAAAGAAAAUUCGAAAAAUCUUGCAGAAAAGAACGAGUUGGAAAAUCGUUGUGCUGAGUUGACGAAAAACAUGGCUGUUUUAGAAGAAAAACUUGAAGAAGCCCGUGUCGAAUUUGAUAAAACAAAGACCAAAAUUGGAUUAGCAGAAGCUAAUUCAAAUCGGGUCUUGAAUAUCUUGAAGAAAACAUUAUCGGGUAGUAAUGAAACCACUCGUGAUUUUGACCUAGGAAGUGGAAAUGGGUAUGAAGAAGAGAUAAAAGAUCCCGCUACAGAACUUGAAGAAAUCAAGAGGGUUUUCAAGGAGAAAGAGAGCAGAGUUGAAGAAAUGAAGAGGAAACUUGAAAUGGUUGAAAAUUCUGCUGCUGAAGUUCGUAAGGAGAAGAGCUUCUGGGCAAUGGUGUCAUCUGCAAGUACACUUGUAGCAGCUGCUGCUGUUUCUGUGGCGUAUGUUUCUAGAACCGGCUGAUUAGAUCCAAAUUAUGAGGUUAAUUUCAUUAAUCUUGAAUCUUGAUUAUGUAUUAACGUGCUAAGGAAAAUAGUUACGGCGUUGAAAUGAUUUGCUUUUGGUUCAUAAAAGUAAAAAGAAUAAUCUUGAUCUGCUAGAUCAAUGUGGGUUUUGAGUUUUGUUUGUUGGGAUUGUCCUUUGAUGAUAUGAAAGAAGUCUAUAGAGUUGUUUCUGUUGA